GGAUUGUAUAAGAUAAUAAAUGAAAAAGUAAGCGAGAUUUGUAAGAGUAGCUGAUCAGUAAGCUUUGCCAGGCAACUUGAUCUCUACUACCGCGCAUUUCCAUUUACGGCUGUACACAAAAUUUGCAACACAGUAUAAAAGGCGUGGCCGAUUAUUUUGCCUUAACCUCGGCCAGUAAAAAAUGUCUUCGAAUUCAGUCCUUUCAAAAGCAGAGACCUUUGCUUCGUCCACACUUUCUCAACUUCUCGAAUAUCAAAAGUACGCUGGAAAUCUCUCUAUUGUUGAGCUGAAGAAACAUGUGAAGCUCGGUCACGUAGCUGUAGCGGUCGCUUUGCUCGUAGCGUCCAGCAUUUACAAGUCCUUAUCGUAUCCGAAAAAGCUCGCCCACAUAGCGCAUGUACCUGCCAGAAAGAACAUAAGAUCCUUUAUCAAAGGUGAAACAAAUGUCGACCGAGCCAAGCAACUUUUUAUACCUUUGUGUCUUGAAACGAAAGGUUUGGUUGCAAAAUAUGCUCAAUUCGGAUGGGAAGUUGCAGUCAUCAGCCCAGAAUCUGCGAGGACGGUUUUCCGUAAUCCAGAUAUCUUUCAAAAGACGGAGAGCUUGAGCUUGUUAGAUCCUCAAACCCUUUCUAUCCGCUUCUUGGGCAGUACCAACCUAGCUCUUGCUAAUGGAGAGGAUUGGAAGAGACGUAGAAAGAUUGCCAAUCCGGCAUUCCAUCGAUCCAUGCCUGUGAAGGCAUUUGUUGAUUUGACCGGCACUCUUCUCCAACAGAUCGACACCAUGAAGGGUCCUAUUGAUGUUCAACCCUUGCUACAAAGGUUUACCUUGGACGUUAUUGGACGCGUGGGCUUUGGCUUCGAGUUCAACGCUACUAGAGCUCCCGAUGGCGAUUGGGUACACACUUAUAACGAGGUUUCAGACAACCUCUUGCAGUUUCCUUACAUCUUCUUCCCAAUUUUGGAUACACGCUUUCGGUUCUUGUUUCCUCGUCGCAUGGAAAAGCAUGCGAAACUGACCGUGCUUAACAACCUUUUUAACACGGUGAUCAGGAACAAGAGAGAGAAUCUUCAAAAGUUGAAUGGAGAAAUUGAGGAUUCAGAAAAGGACCUUUUGUCUUUGUUGAUCGAAUCUGGACGAGGAGAAAACGAUAACUAUGAACCAUUGACCGAUGAGGAGCUUCGCAGCGAGCUGGUCUUAUUUUUCUUUGCUGGGCAUGAUACUACUGCUAAUUCGCUGGCAUCUACACUUUAUUUCUUGGCUGCAAACACAGCUAUUCAAGAUAAGGCGAGACAAGAGACUUUGGAGCUGUUAGGUGACGAACCUCAUGAUGCAUCACCGAACAACGAGCAAUUGAAGAAUAUGCAUUAUCUGACCCGCGUAAUCAAAGAGUCAGCUCGCAUGUCGCCACCGGCAUCCGCUACCAUUCACCGACGAGCGGCUCAGGAUACUGAAAUUUCUGGCCUGUUCAUCCCCAAGGAAACGUUGAUAGUUGUCGAUAUUAUUGCCAACCACUACAACCCUGCAUACUGGAAAAAUCCUAAUGUCUUUGACCCUGAUCGAUUUUUGGAAGGAGGUGAAGCCGAUCAACAAUCGCCAUUUUCGUCAUAUAUGCCUUUUGGUGGAGGAGUUCGACAAUGUAUCGGCAUGAAUUUUAGUUUGGCUGAACAACGUGUUGCGCUAUCUGCCAUACUGAAGAAGUAUGAGCUUAGCAUUCCUGAAGGUUCAAUUCACAAGGACAGUCUACAGUUCGGAAACCAUUUGUUUACUCUAGCGCCUAAGGACCUGGCUAUCAACUUUACAAAACGGUAUUAAGUAUUCAUAUAUUCAAUGCAUUAAAUAAAACCAC